AUGGCCUGGGUCGGCCAGGGGCGAAUGGGCAGGCUGAAUGCGCACGACGAUUGGGUUCGUCAGCACAGGAUCGAGAAGCUCGCUUCCAGGAACCUGACGAGCCUGCUCGUCGUGCGGGUGGAUCCCGAGCAAAGGCCGGGGGCGACUAGGAGAUAUGGCAAGAGAGGACCAGGGGACAUUAGCCGGGCCAACCAGAGCCGCUUAGCUGAUCGCGUGAGGGAGUGCAAGGCCCAGCACGGAAGGCGGUGCCACCAAUCGGGACUUAGUCCCGGCCGGGAGACCGCCAGCUUUGGUCGCCCAUUUUUCACCUGUGCUCCUCGGUCAACGGCUUGUCGACCUCCAUCAACGCUUCUGCUGCUAGAGAGAUGGAUCACUCUUUCCUCAACCGGGACGACCGUCUCCUGCUCUUCUAUUCUUCCCGCUUCGUCGUUCCCCCGCGUUCGUCGUGUCAUGCGAUCGAAUAAGCGCCCUCGCCCCGCCGGCAACAAUGCGGUCUUCCGUCUCGUCUCGUUCCCCGACCCUUCACCCCCAGCCAUGUCUGAGCAGCGAGCAGAGCCGUCAGCGGCGCCAGCGCCGCCGGCGGCUCCGUCUGCGAGGACGGCCACCGACCCGGUGCUGCCCUUGACCCCGUCGGAGCCGUCGACUCCCGGCUCCAAGAUCCCGAUCCCCCGCGUUUCCCAGCUUCGAGCGUACGGCAAUCGACGGGUCAAGAGGGCCUGUAUCGAGUGUCGCAAGCAAAAGACGAAAUGUAACGGGCAGACCCCGUGCAGCCGCUGUAUCGGUCUUGGCAUGGACUGCGUUUACAUGGACGGGAAACGGGAAGUGACGGAAAAACGGCUCCAUGAUCUGGAAAGGCAGGUGCAGGCUUACGACCGACUGCUGCAGGAAAUCCAGCCGCGCGUUGAUAGCCAGGACCGGGAUCUGAUUUUGAGAACCCGAGCUCAGGAUCCAGCACAUGUCGACCCGACGCCACACGGCUCGACACAUACCCCGUCGUUUGGUAUCGAGUAUAUCCAGGAGGAUUUCCACAAGGACAAGGGGUUACAAGCGAUUGGGUUCAUGGGCGGGCCCUCGGAGAUGUCGUGGAUUAACGAGCUGUACCAGGUUCUGGAGAAGGACACCCCUUUUUUAGACUCGGAGGCGUCGAACAAAUCGCAGUCUCUCACAUCGGUCUGCUACUUCCUUGACGACGAAGAGCUCUCCUUGGAGCCCAAUAUUGACCCGUACGGCCGGCCGCCGCGUCACAUCGCCGACCAGCUGCUCGACUGCUAUUUCUUCACCGUCCAUCCAUCCUUUCCGAUCAUCGCAAAAAUGCCGUUUAUGCAGCAGUAUGAGAUGUAUUAUACGCGGACAGAUAUCCAGCCGACGAAACGGUGGCUGACCAUCCUGAAUCUGGUCUUUGCGCUGGCGUCCAAGUUUGCGCAACUCGUCUCGAAGCCGUGGAUUGCAGAAGCGGACUCGCCGAUGGCCUGUUUCACCCGAGCGCGGAAGCUGAACUAUUCGGAGAGCCAGCUGCUGGAACAUCCUAAUCUGCAACAGGUCCAAGUUGAAGGGUUGACCGCGUUCUUUUUAAUGGCCAUCGGACAUAUCAACCGCUCCUGGAGAGCUUGUGGCGUUUCCGUCCGCUCAGCCAUUGCCCUUGGGGUCAAUCUGCGCAGCGAGAGUAAAGAAACGUCCACGCUCUCAAAGGAGAUCAGGUACCGGGUGUGGUGGUCGAUUUACACGCUUGAGAACACACUAUCGAUCAUGACUGGGCGACCGACGAGUGCACCGGACAAGUACAGCACGACGCCGCUGCCGAUUCCCUUUGAUGAGGAGCAGUUUCGAGAACCGCUAGCGUCGCGACUGCUAACGGACUUUCGUAUGCGCACCGAUUAUAUGCUUGCACUGACGUCCCAGCGGCGGGGGAGUCUCAGCGUCUGGGAUCCUCCGAGAUUGGGUCAUACCGGGUUUGGGCAGGAACCACGGCCGGGUCCGACGGAAAUCUCCCCAAGCAAUUCCUUUUAUUUCUUCUACUUCGUAGAACUCACCGUCAUCAUGCGGCGGGCCAUCGACUCGCUCUACAGCCCUGGGUUUGCACGCCGGCCGUGGCUAACCAUCAGCGCCUCCAUCAUGGAUUUGGUCCAGGAGACCGACGAGUGGCUGAGCCGGGUCCCUGCCGUGUUCCAGUGGAGGGGCAGCCAUCCCUCGCCUCACUUCGAACGUCAGCGGUGGAGUUUGGCCUUUCGGUUCUACAGUCUACGCAUUGCCCUCAGUCGACCCUCGCUGUGUCGCUCAGAGCGGCAGCGGUCCCCCAACGAAGCGUCGGCGCUCAGUCAGCAACGGAUAGCGCGGAUAUGCAUCAACUCUGCAUGCGAGCUGCUGGAUAUGCUGCCGGACAAGCCAGAUGCGCUCUGGCUCGUCCAAGUGUCGCCCUGGUGGUGCGUGCUGCACUAUCUUAUGCAGUCGAUCACCGUGCUUCUAAUAGAAAUGGAAUUUUGCGUUCGGUUUCAUGCCGACGGAGCAUCUCAUAUCACCUUGCAUCUGGAGAAGGGUCUGGACUGGCUUCUUAGCCUGGGUACAAUCAGCGUUCCUUCUAGGCGAGCCUGGGAAGUUUGCAACAGCAUCUACAAUCGUCUCUUCUUCGGACCGGGCCCCCGAGCGUCCAUGCUGUCGGACCUGCGCGUUUUCUCGCCUGAACAGGAGUCGCGUAGCUCCACGAUGACUUCUCCAACCGCCAUGUCUCCAGCCUAUGAAGCGACAGAAUUCAACGAAGGAAAGGCAUUUGGCGAACCGUUCCCGAAACUUCCGCAUAACAUGACGGUCCAUCCUUCCAUCCAGACGCCCUACGAUGACAUCUCGCUCUACAAGAACACAAGUUAA